AGGCGCUGGGGAAUAAAAAAAAAUAAUGCACACACGAUCCGCUAAAAUCAGUGCAGCGUGACGUAGGAUAAAAAUCAUCAACGGACCAAACAAAGUCUCAUUGACAAAUGAACCACCGAUGUAGGUGGUACGUAACUAGGUGACCUACAAAUGGAUUGGUGAAGAUAAGUGACAUUGUGUUUGGUGACAAUACAGUGUAGCAAAAUGACUGGAAUUUACAUAAUCGCUGUUUUUCUGAUCGGGCAAGUUAGCGCGGAGGUGGUAGAAUUGAGUUGCGCGGACAACGCAACAUGUCUAAAUAAUUUGGGUAGGCAGUUGUAUACGAGUAUAAAGCAACAUAAAACAGUAAGAUUGUUCGAUUUGAUAACUAUAGAGCCGUUAAGGACAAGGGAAUCAAGGUCGUAUAAAGGCCCAUUGACACGGUUGCUGACAAGUCAUGCUAUUAGCUUCGAUUGGAAUGACUUCACCUUCAGAUUAUCGAAUCCAGAAGAUAAGGACGAUUCUAUGGAUUUAGAAGUGUUCGAGAAUAGAUCCAGUAAAGAUGAUCCAGAGACGGUCCCAAAGAAGGCAGUUGUUAAAGCAGAAGAUGAGUUGGAAGAUAAACUACCAAAGAGUCGUAUUAAGAGAAAACGACCAAAGAAGAAGGUCCUCCAAGCAGUCAUACCACUUCUGUUCGGCAUGAAGUCAACUGGUGCUAUACUAUUUGCUAUGGCUCUAGUGACUGCGAUCACUAUGAAAGCGUUCUUCGCAAGUAAACUGGCACUCCUUGUUACGAUUGGCAUGGCUAUGAAGAAGUUAUACGAAAGUUAUAGUAAUGGGGUACCGGGGACGUCCAAUGUUUUAUGGAACCUCGCGCGCUACUUCAGAAUCCUAUUCGGCUCACCAGAAAUCCCGCCGCUAAACAAUUCAGCGUCGAUGUCGAUGCCAAUGUACGCAAUGCCACAAAUGUACGGCCCGACAAUGCCGAUGCCGACUAUGGCCAUGCCAACUAAUCAAUAACAAAAUUGGACUUCUGGACGUAACCUUUGGACGGAAAGGACCAAGUGGCUUUAAUUUGUGACCGCUAAAUGUCAGAUUGCCACGUCGACAACUUGGUCCCUUCAAUUUUACGAGUGCGACGUGGUAAUCUGACAUUUAGCUAUUGUUAAGUAGUCGCAGUGCUUUAAGUUACUGGACCUUAUUCUUAAAUAUAAAGUUCCUUGACUCUCUUUACUUAAAUCGGUCAAGAUAGCUUAAAGCAUUGUGUGACUCUUGCCCUUUAGAUGAAUAAAUUCUAAGUAAAUCUUCUUAGUUUAAAUCUGAGAUCGUAGCGCGAACCCGUCGACUUUAUUUAUUUUGAUAGUA